AUGGUGCGUGUGUGCGUGAGGACCCAGUGCGUGAAUAGGGAAAGCGAAGGGAAAUCUCAUGUUGAGACGGCCUCCGUCGCGUUCUGCACCUGCCCCACGCAGAAACCCCAUCCCAUCUCCGGCUCUCCAGUGAAAAUCCCCAGAGUGGAUCGUGAGGCACUGCAUCCUCCCGUCUCCCCGGGAUGUCGUCGUCGAAUCCCUCCAGUCCCCCCGGGAUGUCGUCGUCGGAUCCCUCUCGUCCCCACCCCGAACGAGCCCAGCAGCACGAGACGAAGAGGUGAAGGACGCACGGGCCUCCGAGACGAAUUCCGCAUUCCUUCCACGGGUUUCUCUCCUUGGCGGAGUAGAGUCCUGCGCGGGAGGUUAUUUUUUUUGGCCGGAGCGGGCUCGGGCUCAGGGACGCGGGUUCGGGCCGCGGCCCGUGCAAAAAAAAAACCUCCCCGUCCACGCCUCUACCAGGUUCAUCGGGAUUCGGGUCGCAUUCGCACGGAAAGCCGUCAUCCCCUUCUCGCGAUCCGGAAGGCCUGGAAGACCUGGAAGACCCGGCACGUCCAGGCCCUCCGACGGACCACCCUUCUCGUCCUCUUCCUCUCCUACAACGCCUACCUGGUCUGGGCCGUCGCCCUCUGGUCGCGGGGGGAGGAGAGCCUGGAGCCGUGCGAGGGACUCGGCCUGCUGCUCUCCGUCACCGGAGUCGCCUACCUCGCCCUCGCGCACAAGUUCCUCUUCCGAAGGAUUCUCGCCUUCGUCUGGGCGCGAGCCUCCACUUGGAAGGUCGUCGUCGGUCUUCGAAACGCAGCGAGAACGAGGCACGCUCGGUUGGGAGUCCAUCUGGCCCUCUUAUUGGGGAUCCUGGCGUUCCUGGUCGUGGACGGAUGGGACGAGCCCUUGAGGCUGGCCUCCGCCGGCGGCAUCUUCUUCUUCCUCCUCGUCGGGUGGCUCCUCUCCAAGCAUCCCGGGAGGUUCGUCCCAAACUCGAGUCGAAAUUCACUGCAUAGGACGAACGACGUCGAAGGAAUUGAGGAAUUCCACUUCUUGCUCCGCGACCUCUCCGCUCGAGACGGACCCGAUCGCCCCCGAUCGCCCCCGAUCGUCCCCGACUCGGUCCUUUCCCCGCAGGUGAACUGGUACCAGAUCUACUGGGGGAUCGUGUCGCAGUUCGUCCUCGGCCUGGUGAUCGUGCGGUGGGGGACGGGGAGGGAGGUCUUUCGGUGCCUGGGAGACAAGUUCACCGAUUUCAUCGCCUUCACGGAUGUGGGGAGCGAGCGGGUCUUUGCGUAUCUUUCGUCGGGGGAUCCGGGUCGGAACGUCACGUUGCCGCGCCUUUUUGCGUUUAAGACGCUGACGAACAUCUUUUAUUUCAACUGGAUCAUGGAGAUCCUGUACCACCUGGGGGUGAUGCAGUGGGUGAUCGUGUGGCUGGGGGAGCUCCUGCAGUUCCUCGUGUCCACGACGGCUGCAGAAUCCAUGAACUCCGCCGCCAACAUCUUCGUCGGACACAUCGUGGCAGCGGUCGCGAUCCAGCCGUAUCUCCCCCUCAUGACGCCAUCCGAGCUGACCGUCGUCAUCGCGGCCGGACUCGCCAGCGUCGCAGGAGCCGUCCUCGUGGCGUUCGUGGGAUUCGGAGCGUCGGCGGCCCAUCUGGUGUCGGCCUCCUUCAUGUCCGCCCCGGCCGCUCUCGCCUGCGCCAAGCUCCUCCACCCCGAGACGGAGGAGUCCAAGACCAGGGCCGAACACAUCUCCAUGGACGCGGGCCGUUCCACCCCAAAAACGCGUUUCUGCGCAGCUAUAAGAGGAGUCUUUCCGACCUCCCUCGGGCUCGGAUCCUUCUCCUCUGGUCGCGUCUACCAUGGAAAAGAAUGGAACCUCGGCCUCGUUCGCUUCGAAGAGGAUCCUCUCGGAGACUUCGACGCCCGCAUGACGAAGGUGAAUCGAGGAUCGCUCGGGCAUCGCGCAUGCUCGGAGUGCGUCGAUUAA